AUGCGAUUGUUGAAUAUUUCCUUAACACUACAAAAGCAACAGCCGGCCUACUAUUGUCCAAGUCCAACUCAAACUGCAAUUGCCUUAACUUUUAACGUCAUUGCCACAGAGAAUGGCGAUACGACGAAGGGUGCUACGUCAAACACAUUAGCAAAGGAUUCGUGUGCCACAGCUAGCCAAGCUGCAACAACAUCAUUGCCGCAGCGGUCUGCACCGAAGAAACCUCAUCACGAGUUGCUGGCCGAGGUCAUUAUGCAACAGCCAAGUGAUUACUACACACAAACCGAAAGUGAACUCUUACAAUUGGAGGCAGCCGGCGUGCAUUUGCCAGCCUAUCAAUUGCAAGCCGUCGAUUCGGCGUUGCAAACACAGCUCGCACAACAACCUGUACAACAACAGACGCAACAGCAGCACCAGCAUCAUCAUCAGCAUUCGCAUCUGCAUAGUCUUCCAGCGCCGAAUUUGAACAAUAAUGAUCGCUCUACGCCCACCUCAUCAUCGAAUGCCACACCCACACCCAGUAGCACAAGUCACAUUGAUCCAGCGUCAAGCAGCAGCAAUGGUGGCAGCAGUCACACAGCCGCAUCAACACAUUUUAUGGGGCCCCCACAGCGUCGCCACUGCCAGCCACCAAAUAAUUUGCCGCUCAGUUCGAUCACAUCGCCACUGCGUGCCAACUACAAAACGGCAGCCUAUUUACACAGUCAUCAUCAGCAAUUAGAAUUUCAGCGUAAUUCACAGUCGGACGAUGACAGUGGCUGUGCGUUGGAAGAGUAUACAUGGGUGCCACCGGGUCUUAGGCCUGAUCAGGUCCGUUUGUAUUUCUCGCAAUUGCCCGACGACAAGGUGCCGUACGUAAAUAGUCCAGGUGAAAAAUAUCGCAUUAAACAAUUGCUGCAUCAGCUGCCACCACAGGACAAUGAGGUCCGCUAUUGCCACUCCUUAAGCGACGAAGAACGCAAGGAAUUGCGUAUAUUUUCGGCACAACGAAAACGUGAAGCUUUGGGUCGUGGUGCAGUACGUCUACUGUCUGAUGAACGUCCCUGCCAAAAUUGCAACGAACAACUUUCCUCCGGUGACAUUGUGGUCUUUGCCCAACGUCUGGGCGCACAAGUCUGCUGGCAUCCUGCCUGUUUUGUGUGCUGUGUCUGCAAGGAAUUACUGGUGGAUUUAAUAUAUUUCCAUCGUGAUGGUAACCUCUAUUGCGGACGACAUCAUGCUGAAACCCAAAAGCCACGUUGCUCGGCAUGUGAUGAGAUUAUCUUCUCUGACGAAUGCACCGAGGCAGAAGGUCGCACAUGGCAUAUGAAACAUUUUGCAUGCUUCGAGUGCGAUCACCAGCUAGGAGGUCAACGUUACAUAAUGCGCGAUGGCAAACCGUACUGCCUCAGCUGUUUCGAUACCAUGUUCGCCGAAUACUGUGAUUAUUGCGGCGAAGUUAUCGGUGUCGAUCAGGGACAAAUGUCACACGAUGGCCAACAUUGGCAUGCCACCGAUCAGUGCUUCUCGUGCUGCACCUGUCGAUGUUCGCUGUUGGGACGACCUUUCUUGCCACGUCGUGGAACAAUCUAUUGUUCGAUUGCCUGCAGUAAAGGUGAACCGCCAACACCAUCUGACACCAGUUCAGGUCCACAAUUACGACCAACUCAUCGUGCCAGCACUACCAGCCAAAUAGCCAGAUCUCCACGACCCGGUAAGGGUUCACAUAGCAAAGAUCGUCAUGGUGGCAAAAGUUCGGGCAGUGCAGGAGAUCUGUUGGAACGACAAGAGAGGCAGAGACGGGAAGAUUUAGGCCGAUUAAUGCUUGCACGCAACAUGGAAGCAGUUGGAGUGCCCGGUAUACCUAGACCGGCCCAUCCACCACCUAUCGAUCUGACCGAGUUGGGUAUUAGUUUAGAUAAUAUUUGUGAUGGUGACAAGACUAUAUUUGGAGAUCCCAACAUAACCGCCUCCCUUCCCGAUAUGUUAGUAUCGAAGGGUGAAGAUUCUCACAGUUAUCAGAGUAUUGAUAAAAUCAUGUUGAACUCACCCACUGCCUCAGAUAUGACCCAAUCCACCCAGGAAAUUACCAAUGAACUGGAUUUGGAUAAUGAAAACGACAAUGGGUUUAAUAGCUCACCUCAAGAUAAUUACGAACGCAUAAAAGACGAUGACGAUGAUGAUGACGACGAUGAGGACGAAGAAAAUAAUCGCCACCCAACUAAAGAGGUACGUUUCCACAGUAUUCAAGACACCAUGUCGCGUUCGAAGAGCUACACAGACAACUCGAACGCUAGACGGCGACGACGUAAACGCAACCAAUCACGUAGCAACUCCGAAAUGCAAAUCAAUCAGACCAAUUUGCGAUUGCACAACGCACAGACACAGGCUGGUUCAAGUGCUGUAAGAAAUUCGGAUAAUUGUGAUGCAGCCAGCAUUUGCUCGACAUGUUCGUCCAGUUCCUCCAGUGAUAUGGACGAUUAUGUUUACCGUUUGCCGGCACGCAAACACUAUGGCGGUGUGCGUGUCUCCUAUGUACCCAACGAUGCCAUUGCCUACGAGAAAAAGAAGAAGCAGGCCAUGGAACAGGCGAAUACAUACAACAGCAUUGGUGGUGUAACAACGGCCAACGGUGCUGGUGGACCCAUGGCUGUCAGCAGUACCAAUUCGACUGCUGGCAAUGGCGAUGGCAAAAAUUGUAUAAUAUCAUGACAACCUCCGAUUUUGCCACCACCACCAUUCAAUCUCAGCAGUUAUUACAUCCUGGACACCAUACUGGAGGAGGAGAGAUUUGUGGCCAUAGAAAAGAAACCUGGUUGUUUUAGACGUUUUUGGAAUAUACUGAGUUCAAGUAAAACUAAGCAGCAAUCGAAACAUUUACAAAAUGUCUAAA